AGGACGUUGCCGUCUGGGAGGGGCGCCUGUCCAUGAUCGACCUCACGAGCUCCGAGCACGGCUCGGAGUACGCCAUGCGCUCGCUCCUCCGCCUCACCGCGCUGCCGUUCCUGCCAGAGCCGGCGUACCGGGCGUUCGUGCGCAACGUGCCCGGGGACGCCGGCUUCGACCCGUUCUCGCUGGCGGGCAGGACACCUUCUGAGUUCAUGGGCAUGCUUGAGGCGGAGAUCAAGCACGGCCGCCUCGCGAUGCUGGCCGGCGUGGGCAUGGUGGCGCCGGAGGUGCUACACAGGCCCAUCGCCGAGAUGCUGGGGCUGCCGAACCUCAUGGCGCCUGGAGGCUGCACACCCACCCCGCUCAACGGCCAGCUGGCGGACCCCACCCUUGCCGCCUCCACCGGGGCCAUCCUCGGCCUCAUAGCGAUCACCGAGAUCUCCCAGCCGCGGACGCGAGCGGAGUUGCCCGGCUACUUCGGCUUCGACCCCCUGCAGCUGUCGGAGUUGGCGGAGCAGCUCCCCAAGCUCCGCUCCGAUGCGCCUUGGGUGGCCGAGGCGGAGGUGAAGCACGGGCGGGUGGCCAUGCUGGCGGUGACCUACAUGGCCGUCCGCGAGUUUUACACGCAAUCGCCCAUCUGGACGGCACAGCUCCCGACGAUGGUGAGGCCGAUUGCCGAGGUCGUCUGACAAUUCUCCAGGGCGGAACUUUUUAUCUCCGACGCUGUAGCACGAGCAUCCCCUGCUCUCCUGUCGCUGCACACAACGUCAGAGGUGGGGAUGAACAUGCUCUUUGGUGCGCCAACCGCUUUGCUCAGAGGCGUACCGAGUGUACAGAAGAUUUCAAUGCCUCUAGUGUUAGCGCUCUCUAUUCUUUCCCUACCCCUUCUCCCUGGCGGACGUCCGACGUCAAGCUCGACCCCAGAAUCCUCGAUCCCCUCCCCGCCAGUUCACCACCCCACUCAGGAGGG